AGAAAGGGGAUCCGAUGCUGUCCACAGCCUAUUACCAGUGGAUUGUGUAGAAGCUGCUGAGUGGGAAGCUAAGAUUUCUCCUUCCCAUACCCAACCAUCCCACUCCAGACCUGUGAGCCGGACCAUUUGACUCUGGCAGCGCUAUCAGGCCUUCCAUCGCCCGGACAUUAUGGGGAGUGAAGGAGCGAGUGGGGCCCUGGGACCUUUGCAGGUUGGAGUACAUCUCGUUCUGCUGGUUUGCGUAUUAAGACUCUCUCAAUGUCAGGCUGAUGUGACAACAGCUCAAACAAGGCACAUCCCUGUGGAGAUAGGAGGGAAUUUAACAGAUCAUGUAUUUGGGAGCAAGAGGCAGCCACUUGUCUUUAAUCAUGUCUACAAUUUUAAUGUCCCCAUGGGCUUUCCCUGCACUGUGGAAUCCGAAGCCCCCGAGGAAGGUAGCUGGGUGUCUCAACAGACAGAGAAUGCCGCAGACGCAGGGAGCGAGAUAACAUUUACACACAGCAUUCGGGUCCCACAGAGGCUGUGCCAAUGUUACACGGCCCCCCAUGCCGUGCAGCAUUUACUAAGCAGGAUUGAAGCUUUGGAAAGGGAGGUGUUGCUACUUCGGGAGCGCUGUAAUGACAGAGGAUGUCAGGAUGCAGAGGCCACAGGCCUCACAGAAUUUGCGCCUCCUUGCAGUGGACAUGGGAACUUCAGCCUGGACACUUGCGUCUGCAGCCAAGGCUGGGGUGGUGAGAACUGCUCGGAACCUCUGUGCCCCUUCGGCUGCUCUGGAAGAGGCACCUGCAUAGAGGGGAUCUGUGUUUGUGAGCCAGACUACACCGGGGAGUGGUGUACAGACCUGUUGUGCCCUGAAGAGUGCAGUCCACGUGGACAAUGUCAAGAUGGGCAGUGUGUGUGCCAGGAGCCAUACACCGGCAUUGGUUGCACUGAGCUACGCUGUCCAGGUGACUGCUUGGGAAAAGGACGAUGUGCCAAUGGGACUUGCGUUUGCCAGGAGGGAUAUGCCGGAGAGGACUGUGGGCGCCUGUGGUGUGUGAAUGCCUGCAGUGGGAGAGGGCAAUGCCAGGAUGGUGUCUGUGAGUGCGAAGAGGGGUACAGUGGGCAGGAUUGUUCAGAAGUUGCCCCACCAAUGGAUUUGAGUGUCACUGCUAUUGGAGACAACUGGUUGGACUUGGCCUGGGAAGGUACAUCUGCUGUGACGGAAUAUGUCAUCUCAUAUCAGCAGGCAAUACCAGGAGAAUGGGGACCCCUACAACGACUACAGCAGAGAGUCCCAGGAGACUGGAGUGCAGUCACCAUCAGAGAGCUAGAGCCAGGAGUUACCUAUAAUAUCAGUGUGUGUUCUGUCAUCAGUGAAAUCACCAGUGAGCCCACCAGCAUCACUGUGUCCACACAUCUCUCUCCACCGCAAGGAUUACAAUUUAAGGAAGUGACACAGACCUCAGUGGAGGUGCAGUGGGACCCCCCUGCUUUUGCUCUUGAUGGAUGGGAGAUUAGCUUUACUCCAAAGAAUAAUGAAGGUGGAUUGACCGUUCAACUCCCCAGUAGCGUAACCUCUUUUAACCAGACGUGGCUGAAGCCUGGGGAGGAAUACACAGUCAGUAUUGUCUCUUUGAAAGAGCAAGCAAGGAGUCCCCCCACAUCCGGCAUUGUAUCUACCAUCAUAGACGGGCCAUCCCACAUCCUAGUCCGCGAUGUUUCAGACACGGUGGCAUUUGUGGAGUGGACUCCAGCAAGAGCAAAACUAGACUUUAUCCAGCUGCAAUAUGGACCACUUAACGGUGAAGGGGAGAAAACUACCUUCCGUCUGCAACCUCCACUCAGCCAAUACUCCAUGCAGGUCCUGAGACCAGGCUCAAAAUACCAAGUGUCAGUGACAGGAGUUCGAGGAGACACUCGGAGUGAACCUGUCAGCACAACUUUCACUACAGAGUUGGAUGCCCCCAAAAACUUGCGAGUGAUCUCUCGAUCCGCAUCCACUUUGGAGCUGGAAUGGGAUAACAGUGAAGCUGAGGGGGAGGGAUACCUGGUUGUUUACAGCACACUUGCCGGGGAUCAGUACCACGAACUCAGAGUCCCAAGAAACAGCGGCCAAAUGACAAAAGGCACACUGGCCAAUUUGAUCCCGGGAACAGAAUAUGGUAUUGGAAUAUCCGCAGUCAGGGAUAACCUGCAGAGUGCUCCAGCAACGAUAAAUGCUCGGACAGAGUUGGAUAGCCCAAGUGAUUUAAUGGUAACAGGUUCCACUGACAAGACCAUCUCCCUGGCAUGGACAAAAGUCCACGGACCUAUUGACCAUUACCGUAUCUCCUUCACUCCAUCCUCUGGCAUGGCUUCUGAGGUCACUGUCCCCCACGAUGCAUCAAAGUAUGUUCUCACCGACUUGGAUCCUGCGACUGAAUACACCAUCUCUAUCACCGCAGAGAGAGGGAGGCAGCAGAGCAGGGAGAUAACUGUGGAUGCCUUUACUGCAGAAGCUUUACAAGUUAAUACAGUGCCUGAAUUUAAAGGUUUUCGUCCAAUCACACAGCUUCAUUUCUCAGCUGUCACAGCAUUUAGUGCAAAUGUGUCAUGGAAAGAUCAUUCCCCCCAAGCUGAUGAAUAUAUCCUAACCUACACCCCCAUUGGAGGCAAAGAACCAAUUCAGAUGUCGCUGGACUCUUCAGUGAGACAGAUCACCCUCUCAAACCUGCAGCCUAGCACCGAGUACUUGGUUACUCUGCUACCUGUCCAUGGGGCCAUUAGAGGAGAGCUGGUCGAGGGUACCGUCACUACAGGUGUUGCUCCCCCAAUGGACGUAAGGGUGGUAAAUGUUACUGAAGAUUCUCUGACGGUGGUAUGGCGACCACCCCCUUCCUCUUUCCAUCAUUACCGGCUCUCCUACCAAUGCGCAAAAGGGAGGAUGGACAGUGUGGUGAUUGGAAGUGAUAUUACUCAGUACACCUUGAUAAGUCUUCUGCCAACCAUGGAAUACAGAAUUAGCCUGAGCAGCGUGUGGGGGCGAGAAGAGAGCGAAAGAGUCAACGUUGUUGCUGUGACAGCCUUGGACCCUCCACUUGGCCUAAGGGCCAGUAACAUCACCGCAAGUGAAGCCGCACUGCAAUGGGAGCCUCCGAACACAGACGUGGAGAGCUAUAUUAUUACACUGACGCACCACAAAGUUUCGGGAGAGACGAUCCUGGUUGAUGGGCACAGUCAUGAGUUUCAGCUCAGUAACCUCCUGCCUCAAACCAGUUAUUCAGUUCAACUAAGUGCCAGCGCGGGGCCCCAAAGCAGCCGAAGCAUUGAUGUCAGCUUCGUCACACUUUUGGAUCCUCCAGAGAACCUUACAGCUACAGAGAUAACACGGACCAGCGCUCUAAUAUCAUGGCAACCACCCAUUUCUACUAUUGAAAAUUAUGUACUGACAUACAAACCCACUAAUGGGACUCGAAAGGAAUUAAUUGUGGAUGCUGAGGACACGUGGAUCCGCUUGGAGGGUCUGCUGGAAAGCACUGAGUACACAGUGACUGUCCUGUCUGUACAGAAUGGAGACAGCAGCUCUGCCAUUCAGACUGUGUUCUCUACCGGAGGCAGAAUGUUUUCUCAUCCCCAAGACUGUUCCCAACACUUGCUGAAUGGAGAUACCCAGAGUGGCGUUUACACCAUCUACAUCAAUGGGGAGCAGAGUCAGAGUGUAGCAGUCUAUUGUGACAUGACGACUGACGGCGGAGGUUGGAUCGUGUUCCAGAGACGUCAGAACGGGCUGACAGAUUUUUUUCGCAAGUGGGCUGAUUACAAAGUGGGGUUUGGCAACCUUGAGGAUGAGUUUUGGCUAGGACUGGACAAUCUACACCAGCUGACUUCUCAAGGACGAUAUGAACUUCGAAUUGACAUGCGUGAUGGACAAGAAUCUGUGUAUGCAUAUUACAAUAAGUUCUAUGUGGGAGACCCCCGUAGUAUGUACAAACUACGCAUCGGGGACUACAAUGGCACUGCAGGAGAUUCUCUCACCUACCACCAGGGACGCCCAUUCUCCACCAAGGACAGAGACAAUGAUGUUGCGGUGACAAAUUGCGCUGCGUCAUAUAAAGGAGCAUGGUGGUUCAAGAAUUGUCACCGUACUAAUCUGAACGGCAAGUAUGGAGAGUCCCGGCACAGCCAGGGAAUAAACUGGUAUCACUGGAAGGGCCAUGAGUUUUCCAUCCCAUCUGUUGAGAUGAAGAUGAGGCCGUACAGGCAACGAGCCAUGAAAAAACGUUCCAUCCAGAUCUGAAUUCACCUGUAAAACGCUUUGCUCGCAUUUUCCUGUACAUGCCUUCCAGCCCACCGAGAAGACUUUUAAAACACAUGACCCUCACCUUCUUCCCAUUACAUCUACCAGCCUCUGUCUUACAUUAACAACAUAUUAAAACUUUCUCCAUGUCCUAUUAUUGCCAAUACUUUCUAAACCUGUAGAGACCGCCUGUCCUACAAUUUGUUGUGUAGGGGGUGCCAGUAUCUUACUGUGACUUCUUACCCAGCCGUUGGGAGUGUACGUCCAACAUACAUGAGGAGCUUAAUGCAUUUCGCAACAGUCCUAUGUCCAACAUCAUGUAGAUAAACGCUCCAGUCCUUUUAUAUAUUUUAUUCUUCCCUGCACCUAUCAUUUUUUCCAUACUUGUAGAUCCUUAAUUUAUUUUUACCUAGUCUUUACCUUUGGGAUACCCACUCAACGCAGUUUUCCUGUCUAUUUGUUGACCUCUGUGGAUCCAGGAUUUUUUCCCCUUUUGUUUCUGAAAGAUAUAAUAUUCUCCCCACAAUGAAGAAUAAUGCUCUUGUUAACGACUGAUGUGCCAAACUCCAGCCCCGCUCCUUGUGCCAAUACAAAUCCUUUUUAUUAAUGGCGAUUUCUUUGUAUAGUUUCAGCCAAAAGGAAGGGGCCCUACCCACGUAGCACUGAAGACUCUGCAACCCAGGACACAUUGACCCUUUUCCUGCCAGCAUCCAUGACAUCAUGCUAAAUCCUUUGUGUGGAAUCUUCAUUAACUAUUUGAUUGUGACCAGUUACUUGCAUUGGCCAAAAGGCACAAAGAUGCCUGAUUGCCUUACAAACUAAGGGUUUAAGAGGGACGGGGUAAAUAAUGCUAAUUAUGUUUCUUACUGGUAGUGUUUUUACGUGUUUCUCUGAUUUUGUUAUAGAUUUAUGUUUUACUGCUGUUCCUAUACAAACGUCCUCGACCCUCAGCCUAAGUACACCGGUUCUAAAACCUUAACAGCAAGGCCCUAAAUGGGAUGAUUCCGAGCGUCCUCUGCCUUCAGCGAAGCAUUGAGUUUAGUGCAGAAGGGAUCUGGGAAGCUGGUAUUAAUUACCAUAGCAAUGAUGACUGAGAGAGAUGUCUAUGAUCGUUUUAACUGCCCUCUUUUAUCUUGUAUCAUGGAUGCUGUUAGCUGAUGUAUAGACCCUUUUUUUAAUGCAUUUUCUAUACGUUAAUAAAGGAUUCCUAUGGGAGGA